CUCUCUCUGUGUGCCUCUCUAAUAAAAACCCCCCCUCCUCUUCCUUUCUCCUUUCAAAGCCUUUUGGGUUCCUCCAUUCUCUAGUCAAAUAGUUUUGCUCACUCGCACACGCAAACAACACUGCACUCUCUCCAACUCUAUAUUCCCUCUCUCGGAUUCUCUGCUCCUUGUCUCAGUCACCACUGUUCUAAGUUCUGCUAACACACCUCCAUCAGUCCAUCACCCAAUUCUUUUCUCUUUCUUGAACCAGAGUUGCAAUACAUUUCCGUUUAUAGUAAACAAAAAGAGAGAGAGAGAGAAUUUAAUCUCCAAGGCUUCUUCAUUCUUAAAGCUUUAAUCUAUCUUUUAGCAUCUAUAUAUAUAUACAGUAGUACAAAGAAAUAAGGUCGGUCAGUAAGUUUCAAAUCUUUUGAGCAAUGACCACUGACCCGAGCCACUCGGAGACCACCACCACCGAGUCGACCAGCUUCAACUCGUCUUCAUUCUCCUCCUCCGCCUCUCCGCGCUCCCCGGGUCAGAAUAACCCGUCACCAGGAGACUCCAACCCGAACGAGAAGCGGGUCAGCAGCAAACGGGCCAGGGAGAGCAGCAGCAAGCACCCGGUUUACAGAGGGGUCCGAAUGCGGGCGUGGGGCAAAUGGGUAUCCGAAAUCCGCGAGCCCAGGAAGAAGAAUCGGAUCUGGCUCGGCACCUUCUCCACCCCCGAAAUGGCGGCGCGUGCCCACGACGUCGCCGCCUUGACCAUCAAAGGCGACUCCGCCAUCCUCAACUUCCCCGCCUUAUCCGGGUCAUUGCCCCGACCCGACUCCAACUCGCCCCGAGACAUCCAAGCCGCCGCCGCCAAAGCCGCCUCCAUGGACCCACCACCGCCGCCGCCUCCGCCGCCGUCGUCAUCGACAUUGUCGCAAUCGUCAUCCUCGUCGUCAAUGGCCGACGCCGGAACGCCGGAGGAGCUGGGGGAGAUAGUGGAGCUGCCGAGCCUGGGGACGAGCUACGAGUCGGCCGAGUCGGAGUUCGUGUUCGAGGACUCGGUGGAGGGGUGGCUCUACCCUCCGCAGCCGUGGUGGCAAAAUGGUCAUUUUGGAGAAGAGUAUGGGUAUAUUAGGAAUUACGAUAUGAUAAUGGCACCGGAGCCAGCCCUAUGUGUUGAGGACCAGUUGUGGCAACAUUAAUGUCACCUGACCUUCAUCACCUGCUUUGCUUGGUAGAUGUGCCACGUGUGCCUCUCUUUUUCUUUUUUUUUUUAAUUAGUUAAAGCCAAGUUCUUUGCUAAUAUGAAUUUUUGGUUCUAAUAUACAUUUCCUCCCUCUACUAUUUAUUUUACUAGCGUUCGAGUGUGA